AUGGGUUGGUUUUCUUGGUCCUCCUCCGAUUCCAGCAAGGCCUCCGACGGCGGUCGUAUAGCCCCCGAUCGAAACUCGCGACAAAAAUGCUGGGAAGGCCGCGAUCGCUUCUUUGCCUGCCUGGACAACAACGACAUCAUAGACUCUGUCAAGGGCGAUACGGAAGCGCGGAAGAAGUGUGCGCAGGAGAUUGCAGAGUUUGAAUCGGCUUGCUCAACUGCUUGGGUCAAAUAUUUCAAGGAAAAGCGCGUGAUGGAGUACAACCGGGAUAAGACGAUCGAGCGGAUCAAGACGGAAGAUGCGGCUACAGUUAACGAUCUCAAAUCGCAAGGAUGGUCACAGAAGUGA